AUGUCUCUUCCCCCCUCCCUCUCUUUCCUGCGUACCGGCUCGGGCGGCCAGGCGCUCGACGUCUACCUCGAGCCGCUGUGCCCAUUCUCGGCCAAGAUGGCGCGCUCGCUCGCGGCCAACGUCGUGCCCCAGAUCACCAAGGGCGGCAAGUACGAGGGCCAGGUCCAGCUCAUUGUGCGCAUCUACGCGCAGCCCUUCCACUACUUUUCGGCAUUCCCGUGUGAGGCCCUCUUGAUCUUUGGUCAGGAGCACCCCGAGCUCUUCUGGGACUAUCUUCUUGCGGUGUUCGACGCCCAGGAGUCGUGGUUCAACAAGGAGGUUGCCGACAAGACGCCCUCGCAGUGCCAGCAGUACUUUGUCGACGUGGCGCUCACCGUCCUCGACAAGGCGGGCAAGCUCGCCCCGGGCCCCCGCUCCGCUGCCGCGGCGCCGUUCCUCGAGAAGCUCGCCGUCCACGACAAGGCCAACGGCGGCAGCACGGCCUUCCUCGACCUCAAGUACCUUGCGCGCGAGGGCCGCCAGAACGGUAUCCACUUUACGCCGACGGUCCUCCUCAACGGCCUCGAGGACGGCUCCGUCUCGAGCUCGUUUGGCAAGGAAGAGUGGGACAAGUACCUAGCUGAGAAGCUUGGUGCGUGA